AUGGAGGUGGAAUCAUCGAAGCAAGAGGAGAACAAGACGAUGAUGGCUCAGAACGUUCGCAAACCGGACUACAUACGAAGAAGAAGAAUCAUAUGUCUGGUGGUGAUAUCAGAGAUUUUAGCUUUAGCCCUAAUUUUCACGAUUCUAGGGCUAACAGUUUUCAAGGCCAAGCGGCCCGUCACCACCGUCAAUUCCGUCGCUAUUUCGGAUCUAGAUUUCUCAUUUGACAUAGCCAGGCUCAGGGUUCACUUGAACGUCACCGUCGACACCAGCGUCGCCGUGAAGAACCCUAAUAGAGUGGGAUUAAAGUACAAAAACAGCACUGCUUUGUUGAAAUACAGAGGCGACGUGGUGGGUGAAGUCCCAAUUCCGGCCGGAAAAAUUGGCGCCCGUGACUCGAUGAUCAUGAACUUGACGCUGACACUUAUGGCGGAUCGGGUGCUGGCCAACUCCAAUUUGUACUCCGACGUGAUCUCUGGUACGUUGCCUCUCCAGACUUACACGAGAAUUGCUGGAAAAGUGCGCAUAUUGUUCAAUAUUCAUGUUGUCUCCUACACCACUUGUGAUUUGGAAAGCAGGGAUGCUCAGUUUGUGAAAAUGUUUGAUGAUUUUCACCACACACUGAGGGAUUGGCAUGUGUAUCCCACAAUGGGAACCUCAGAACUUGGCUCGUUCUUCCAUCUCUGGGACCUGAUGGAGUUGACCUUCUAUUGUUUAGACGGAUCAUCCCUACUUCGAUGGCUUGGAUAA